CUUUUUCUAUAACCAUGCUCAAAAUUUAGAAAUACGGAGUUAAGGUUGAAUUCUAGAGAGAGAAAGUAAGAGUAAGAGAGAGAAAGAGAGGUUUAAGGGAGGUUUUUAGUUUAGGUCUACCAACUGGUUGUUAGAGAUUAUACUCCUUAACCAAACAUCGUCGUCAACAGCUCGUUUUCUAGAGAGAGAAACAUAUACUUUUAGAGAGAGAAACAUAUAGUUUUAGAGAGAGAAAGUGGUGAAAGAAAGAAGAAGGAAGAAAGGGAAAUCCAUCAAAGAAAAGAUCAGAUAAUAGCUCAGCAGCUUAAACACAUACACACACAGUGACACACAUAUGUGUAUAUGUAUAUAGAUAUAGAGAGAUAAAUUUUCUUGAAAGUGGAUUAUAGUUCUUUUUUUUUUUGGCUUUCUGCGACAUUUUUUCUGGGAUUUUCAUAUAGAUAAUCACAGAAAGACAAAAGAAAACCAUAUAUAUACAUACAUACAUAUAAGAAGAGAGAGAGUAUGUGGGGGGUUUUCACGUGGGAAUUGAUGGAAGAAUGGAAAGAUUUUAAAAGAAAGUUAUGAUUUUGAUGUAUCGAUUGAUUGAUGAGUGAUCAUAAAACACCAUCAUCAUCAUCUAUCAUCAUCAUCAUCAUCAUAAACAUCAAAACUCUCACCUUGUUUCAUUAAAAUCUCAGAACUGAAUUCAACCAGUUUUUUCUCUUUCUCUCUCUCUCUCUCUACCCUUCAAUGCUGAGUACUUGUGUUUUCUGAAUUCCGGGCAGUUCGGGCAGAGUCGUAUUAAUUGAUUGUGAUUCUGAAUUUGGAGACCCCAUGUGUACAUCUGGUCUUGGGAUCAUCAUCAUCAACAUCGGUGUACAUGAAUUCAUGGAAAUUGCAUCACAAAAUUGAAGCUUACUUGUUCCCCACAACCACACACCCAUGACUUAAUUUCAGGGGCAUGUUCGGAGGCUUCUACUUUUUUACUUUUAACAAAAAGUUCGAUUCAAACAAAAAGCUUCAUUUAUUGAAAAUUUAUUACAAAUAUUUGAAGAAAUGUCAACUUACAUACCAAGUUCAGAAAAUGCAAGAGAUUCCGCUCCAAUGCUCUACUUAAGAGAGCCUCUACAGGAUUCUUACCCAUCGGAAACACCAAUUCUAGCCGGAAAUGUGAUGAUGUACAUGAACUUUUCAUCAGCUUCCACCGGAGGCGGAGAGUUUUCCGGUACUCUGGCCGGAGCUUCCCAGCAGCCCAACAGCUGUACCGACAUUCCUAACAUCGGAGUCCAUGAUUCCAAUGUUGUCUCACAUCAAGAAUUCCUCUCAAGCAUGGGGGAAUCAUGGAGAGACGGUAGGAAUCACGAAAUGAUGUUAAUGGAUCAAAUGGGAAGUCGGAAUUUGCAACAAGGGCAAGGACAGGGACUGUCACUGAGUCUCAGUUCGCAUAUUCAACCAACCGGAAUCCAAUUCCAUUCCGGUGAUUACAGGAACCCAAACAUAUUCUUCCGGCCGGAAUCCAGUUCCGUAAUAACCGGUUUUCACGGAAACAAUUUAGACUCGAUCAAAACAGACGUUUCUCCGUACGGAAUCGGAAAUGUUUCGAGGGGAAUCACUGAUUCCAAGUACCUAAAAUCCGCACAAGAAUUGCUCAAUGAGAUCGUUAACGUCGGAAAAGCUCUAAAACAACAAAACUCACGAAAGGAAUCCACCGAUGACUCGAAAGGAAUCGAUGAUGAAUCGAAGAACAUUAUUUCUCCAAAUCAAGAAUUAAACGAACUCUCAGCUAAUGAAAAACAAGAUUUGCAAAAUAAAACAACAAAAUUAAUCGCGAUGUUGGAUGAGGUUGAUAGAAGGUACAAGCAAUACUAUCAUCAAAUGCAGAUCGUUGUAUCUGCAUUUGAUGUGAUUGCUGGAUGUGGGGCCGCUAGGCCCUACACAUCACUUGCUUUGCAGACAAUUUCGCGCCAUUUUCGUUGUUUGCGAGACGCGAUAAAUAACCAAAUAAAAGCGGCUCAAAGAAGCCUCGGGGAGACUGAUUCCGCCGGAAACGGGAAAGGAAUUGGGAUUUCCAGACUUCGGUUUGUGGAUCAACAACUUAGGCAACAACGAGCUCUUCAACAGCUUGGAAUGAUACAACAACAUACUUGGAGACCACAACGAGGCCUUCCGGAAACUUCUGUGUCGGUUCUUCGUGCUUGGUUGUUUGAGCAUUUUCUUCAUCCGUAUCCUAAAGAUUCAGACAAAAUCAUGCUAGCAAGACAGACAGGUUUGACUAGAAGUCAGGUUUCAAACUGGUUUAUAAAUGCGAGAGUUCGUCUAUGGAAGCCGAUGGUGGAGGAAAUGUACAAAGAGGAAGCUGGAGAAGCCGGAAUGGAAUCAAACUCAUCAUCGGAAAUCGCACCCAAACAUGCAAAAAGAGAUCGGAAUCCUUCCGAUGAUCAAGGAGAAACCGAAGCCUCCAAAUUAACAAAUCAAGACAUGGUGGGAACAAGCAAUGAAUCAGAUUUCCAAAACAUGAUGGUUAACAGAGGUGAACACGAGCGGCUCAUGGCGGCGGCAUAUCAGAUUCCGGGAAGGUUUGGAAAUGGAAAUGUAGGUGGUGGUGGUGGUGGUGGUGGUGGUGUGGGUGGGGUGUCGCUCACAUUAGGGUUACAGCACUGUGAAGAUGGUAGCUUACAACCAAUGGCUUCCAACCAUCAUCAUAGCUUUGGUGGUGGUGGUGGUGGUGUGUAUGAUGCUGGCGGUGGUUCAUCGGUGGGGCCAGAGACGGUUGACUUUGACUGUGUGGAUUCAGGUAACCAACGACAAAGAUUUGGAUCGUCUCACUUGUUACAUGAUUUUGUAGCAUGAGUUAUUAAAAAAAAUCUUGAUCUGUUAUGAAACAGAAACUAUAUAUUUGUAUAAUUGUAAAGAUAAGAUGCAUAUAUUUUUCUUUUCUUUUGCUUUAGUAAUAAUGUAGAUUUGACUUGUAUA